AUGUAGAAGCAUGCACGCGCGGGUGAGGUUGCAUAUUUCAUCUCGCGAUGCAUGAGCGCAGUCUGACCGCUGUGACAGAGUCAUGAUGGCCGCCGUACGUCGGGCUUUAUUUCUUCGAAACAAGUUCACCGCUUCCCUGAAUGCUUUAAACGUUUGUAUCAACAACCGAUUUUCUCUCAAGGAAAGAUCUCUUCUGAAGCGUUUCGGGACUGGACUGUGUAUUACUCUCGGCGGAUUCGCUGUUUACUGCCAAUACAAUUCAACCUCGCAACGGGAAAACAAAGCUGGUCUGCGCGCAAGGAUUUCUCCGCUUCCAGCUGUUCUUGCAAAAGAGAAGGUCAGUGCAUCCACUGAAGAUGAAGAAGUGUCCAUGUCAGCCCAUAAGCACAGAUUCAGACUCUUCAGCUCACUGGAGAUUGAUGGACAGCUCUACAUGACCCCGCUUGACUUCAUUGAGUCCACCACCAUGAGUGAACCAAAGAAAAAGAGAUUUUGGAGAUCUCUCACAAAACAGGAUCUAGACAAGAUACUGGCUGAUACUCCACCUGUUUGGAAAGGAUCUUCAAGUUUUUUCAGAAACCUCCGGGAAAAAGGCAUCAUCGCUUACACCGAGUAUCUGUUUCUGCUUUGCAUUUUGACAAAGCCACAUGCAGGUUUCAAAAUAGCUUUCAACAUGUUUGAUGCAGAUGGCAAUAAAAUGGUGGAUAAGAGGGAAUUUAUGGUGCUUGAGGAAAUAUUUCGAAAGAAAAACGAAAAGAGAAAAGAGCGCGGAGGAGAUCCUGAAAAUUCAUCUCAACUGAGUGUGGAACUGUACGGAUAUCAAGGUUCCGUCAGCAGUAAUGUGCUUAAAAAAGACCAGCCUCAGUCUGAACCCAGACAUUUCUGGGAUGUUCUGAGGCAGGGUGCAAGAAUAGUUCUCUUUUCAGAUCUGACAGAGCACGAACCAGAAAAUGCCACUGAAACAACUCUGCUAGUGCAUUUCUUUGGAAGAAAGGGCAAACGUGAACUUAACUUUGAUGACUUCUACAGAUUCAUGGAUAACCUGCAGACAGAGGUCCUUGAGAUUGAGUUCCUCAGCUAUUCCAAGGGAAUGACCACCAUCAGCGAAGAGGACUUUGCGCGUAUCCUGCUACGUUACACCAUGGUGGAGAACAUUACCGGCUACCUUGAGAAUGUGCGUCAAAGCAUACCAGAUGAGAAGGGUAUCAGUUUUGAAGAGUUUAGGUCCUUCUUUCAGUUCCUUAACAACUUAGAGGAUUUUACCAUUGCCAUGCAGAUGUACAACUAUGCAAAUCGCCCAAUUGGACAAGAUGAGUUUGGCCGUGCAGUUUAUGUGGCCACCGGACUGAAGCUCUCACGUCACCUUGUGAACACUGUGUUUAAGAUCUUUGACGUGGACCACGAUGACCAGCUCAGCUACAAAGAGUUCAUUGGGAUUAUGAAGGACCGGCUGCACCGUGGCUCCUGGGGAUACAAAGGUGAAGAGAAGUUCACAUCCUUUAAAGCCUGUAUGAAGAAGGAACUCGUUGGCAAAUAGGUAGAAGUCAUCAGCAUUUCUCUCUCACUUAUAAAGAAAUCUCAAGAUGGAUUAAAGCUCUGCAGUGACCUACUGCUAUUAUCUACCAGACCUGUGUCCAAUUAGAUUAACACACGCUACCUCAAUGGCCUAUAGUUACAGCUAUAUGAAUUGUCAGGAAUUUUUAAACUCCUUAAAAGCCAUGAACUAAAGGGUAUACCACUUCUAUGAAACCGCCAUUCAAGUUUUAUGAAUUAGAAAAGUUGUUUUUUAAAGGUCUUACAAAUGGGUCCUGCAUCUACAUUUUAGGAUAAAUGAUGCCGUUUUUAUCUCCAUUAAAUUGUACUUUAUAAAUGAACUGUUUUAGUUUAAACUGUUAUUUUGUGAAUAUACCACAUAUUUUAUAAUACUUCUUCAAAAUAGAAUGUGGUUCAUUCUGAUGUAGUAAAUUGUAUUUAUUCUAUAUAUUUAUCUAUAAAUGAUAGGAAUUAUAAAACAGAUAAUCUUUCCUUACAAUGAGCACAUUGCUAACAUAGUUUCUCUGAACUUGUCCAUUGCCCACCAACCAGAUCAGUUUACACAGGGUCUGAUGGCGAUGAAUGCACAGAGCAAUAAUUGAUUCCUCGGUAAUCUCACAAUGUGCUACAAGUACACAUCUCUUUAUAUGAGCUUCUUACAAUGGCACUGCUUGAAGGAACAUCUUGCAAAGCCUACAUAACAAGCACACAAAACGCUCAGUGCAGCAGAACACUCACUAUCUGAAAGGAGUGAUAUAUCAUGUUUGUCUUUCUACAGAAUGUUAACCAUAGAUUUAUUCUCAUUGUAUUCUAUAUUAUUAUUGAAAGAAGUUAGGCUAAACAUAUUACAGUGUGUAUUCUCAGAUCUGUACCAUUGUCUGAAUAAAAAGUCUUUUGCAUAGUGUUAACAUUGAUAUGAUGAAUUAUUUAAGUUCACAAUAAAAAAAAGAUUGCAGUGGGUUAUCUUUUUUGAUCUGCGUCUAGCUCGUGCCCCUAAAACACCUUUCAUGAAGUUUGCUGUGAAAAUUGACACCUAAUUGUUAAUCUCACCAUGUAGGCCUAUUUAUACAAGGUAAUACCAAUGGCUUACACACUCAAUGGCUUACAUUUUUAUGGUUUCCAU